CAAAGCUAAGUCUCUUUUUUUCCUCUAAAACAAAAGUGUAACGUAUGAAAUAUGGUUUUAUGUUGAUAAGUUUUUUUUAGUUCAUUUGGGGGAAAAUGGAGAUGGUUAGUGGAGAUCAGCCGACCGAUGACGCUCCGGUGACGGAGCAAGCUUCUCUCGACGAAGAAACUGGACUGGAAGAACCUAUGGGGCAGUUGUCGGUUGGCACUGAAGCAGGAUCGUACCCUGAACGGCUUAACGAGCCUGAUUGUAUUUAUUACUUGAGGAACGGAAUCUGUGGCUAUGGCUCUCGUUGUCGGUUUAAUCAUCCUCGUGAUCGGAGUUUGGCUGUGGGAGAAAGAGGAGCUACUGGAGGAGUAUACCCUGAGAGAGCUGGCCAGUAUGUUUGCCAGUACUAUAUGAGGACGGGGAUGUGCAAAUUUGGUGCUUCCUGCAAAUAUCACCAUCCAAGACAGGGAGGGGAAUCUCCAAGCCUGGUGAUACAUAACAUUUAUGGUUACCCGCUGCGACCGAAUGAAAAGGAAUGUUCGCACUAUAUGAAAACAGGGCAGUGUAAAUUUGGCAUCACCUGUAAAUUUCACCAUCCACAGCCAGCUGGUGUGCAAGUUCCAGCACCAGCAGCUGGACCUUUUCCUUUGCCAGCGGCUGUUCCACCACCAGCCACUUAUCCAGAACUGCAACCUCUUCCUGUUGAUUCAGCUGACCAAUAUGGAAUGGUUACUGGCAACUGGCCAGUUAUAAGGCCUGCUCUGCUUCCAGGUUCCUAUAUUCCUGACACAUAUGGUCCUAUGCUUUUUCCCCCUGGAAUGGUUCCCGUGUCGGAUUGGACUCCUUAUCUGGGUUCUACUAGUCCAGUGCCAUACCAAACUACUCAGUCUGCAGCUGGAGCAGGUCCAGUGCCAUGCCAAACUUCUCACUCUGCAGCUGGAGCAGGUCCAGUGCCAUCCCAAACUACUCAGUCUGCAGCUGGAGCAGGUCCAGUUUAUGGUCAUACACAACUAUCUGCUUCAGCACCUGCCUACGCAAGCCCAUAUGUGUCUCUUACUGCUUCUCUUGGUGCUUCAAGCAGCAUCCAGGAUGGACUUGCAUUUCCGGAAAGACCUGGGCAGCCUGAAUGUCAUUAUUACAUGAAGUAUGGGGAUUGCAAAUUUGGAUCUUCAUGUAAAUACCAUCAUCCACCUGAGUGGAGUGGAUCAAAGGCAGCUCUUAUCCUCCGUGCUAUGGGUCUUCCUCCCGACCUAGAGGAGGGUGAACAGGUAUUUUUAAGUCACUGUAUCAAGUAUUGCACUUUUAGAAGAUCCGACAUGCACGCAACAACUAUUUUGGAGAGUCUGCACAACAUGGUUCGUCAAGUCUGUGUACAAGUAUGGCAAAAUAUGACAUUCCAUGUACAGAGAAUGUCAGGAACCAACUCUCCCUAUUCUUUAGAGACAUGAGAUAGAGGGAAAAGAAAACUGUUGAAGACAUCUGUAGAACGAAGGGAUUUUCCCGUUCAUCAUAUCGACCAAUCCAGACCCUGUACCUGAUCCUGAUGAAAGUCAGGAUGAAACCUGCCUUCAUUCAAACACUUUGGGCUCAUCAUCUCAGUGAAGAGGUGCUACAAUAACUGGAGCAAGUGCAAGAAGGCAGCAUUUACGAAAUACUCCAAGAAAUAUGAGACUGAUGAAGAGAAUUUGUUGAUCUUAUAGGACUUGACUACGUGAGCAGAACAACAAGAUAUAACCUGCAGGUCAUUUAGGUUGCGACAUGGGUCCGCGCUGAAUAUUUUGGUUGAAGAAUAGUGUUAACUACUAUUGGUCUAUGUCAAAGUUGAGAAAAAAUGUACUAGCACAUUCAAUGAUUUGUAGUUAAUAUAGUAACAAGUGCUCAAUUAGGCACAUAUUGUACAUAGACUAUUGGUUAUUGUUACUUUAGUAUGAUUUAGUGUUUGGUUUUAUCAAUCUUUGAUGCAAGAUUGAAGCAUGAUCAAUAUUAUUCUAUGAUGUAUAUUUGAGCGUAUCUCUU